UUGUUAUUCUCAGUCUGAUCUGAUUCUGCCUGGGGCUGUGAGGGUCUCUAAUCCAUUUUUAUCCCCGCCCCCUCCUGUCGCACACCCUCGCCCCGCCCACAUUUACUCUCUGCUCGUUCUGAGCUGCAGCCGCCGCUGCCAGACUCGUCUUGGGACUGAUCGCUCCUACUUCCCCGGCUUCUCUCCUCGGAUUUAUCCUCGGCUUUUUAUCCCUCCAUUGGACCCGUACUAACAGCCAGGAUUUACGCACGUGGAUUUAAUUCUGUCUAUCCGAGCGAUGUGUCUGGGGGGACUCGGCUCAGGGAGAGCCGCCUGCAGUCUUGGGACGGAACCGGCACCGUGUGUAGUAGUAUAGUAGUACUGAGCUGCUCGAGAGCUGCUGGAACAGGGGCAAGCAGAAGAGUGACCUAUGGAGUUCCCCGGACAAUAGAUGUAAAGACAAGGCACAAAAGAGGUCCAGCCAAUGACAGCCGGGAUCUCAAGACAAUCUAUGGAUACGGCUUAUUGUUUCUGAACCUGAGAUUGCCCCUACCCCGAUGCUCACAUGGUUGAGAGUAUGACGUCACUCUGCAAUGGCUGUGAGAAUGGCACAGUAGCUAAUUCUCAAGCUAUAGAUAAUGGCGACUUGAGAACUUUAACUGAUGGGACCGGCCAUGGUGGAGAACCUAGCACCAACCAAGAUGAUCUACACAAUGAUAAUCAGAACUCUUCUAAGAUUGUGUACUUUUUUACCACCUCCAAACAAAGGACCAACCUGAAUAAUGACCGUCCCCGUUCCAUGAUGGCUGUGGGCAACUCAUCGACGUGGAAUGCUUUGUCUUCCUUGAGAAAGAUGGGCUCCUUCAAGAAACUGAAGUCGUCAGUUCUGCAGGGAAUCCAAGCAAAAGAAAAUGCCAAUAUUAUAAGUGACCAUGAGACGGAGGUUCAGAAGUGUAAGCCUUGCAGAAUGCCUAUAUCAAAGUCCAUGCAGGAUGGAUAUAAUCUGGCCGAUGGGUUACAGUCUGAUGGAUCAGAUGCAGAGGAAACCGAUAAUGCCUUCUUGAGGAGCACUCAUAGAUCUCGCAGCAUCAGGCGCGCCUACGGAUCUGGCCGUAUUCAUUUAUCAGAUACAGACAAAGCUUGUGCCUCACAAAGUCCCCUCAGGCCCUUGUCGCCGGUUGGCCAAGAGCACAGUAAUUGUGAAAUCAUAGUGAAAGACCUAAAAGGCAGUCAGGUUAUUUACAGGCGGAGUAAAAGUACGGACAACUUGAAUUUUCUCAAAAAGAGCUCGUUCAAGCGGAAAUCUACCUCCAAUCUAACGGACAUCAAGUUCAACAGCGAGAAAGAAAUUGUACAAAAGGCGUCACUUUGCACUUCUCCAGAUUCAGACAGGACGGCCACGACUCCAGAAAGAAGGUCAAAGCGCUGGAGAAGUCCCAUUAGGGCGAAAGACUUUGACCGGGUGUUGAAAAUAAUGAGCAAUGUCACUGAUGGGCAUUGGAAAAGAGAGGGGAGUAGGUGCACAUCCCCGGCCCCUGAGGAAUCCCAUAGAAGUAGGCCAAAUAGUCGCUUGCAUGAUGAUUACUCCAGGAGAGUGUCCAGCAGUGCCGACACAGAGAGACGGAGGUCUGCUCUUAAUGCCCCCUCCCCAGUUCCUUUUGCUGUAUGCCGUCUUAGCUAUACCGAUUCCAACAUGGAUUAUCUAGACUCUGAAGCCCAAGUGAAAUCUGCAGAGAGUAGACAGUGUUCUGAAAGCCUCUGUACAGAACCCUCUAAUAAAUCCGAUACAAGCAGUAGCUUGAACCAGUUGGAUAAUGAGGUUUUCUAUGCAGACGGUGAGGAUCCAAAACAUCACACUCCAUCUGUCUCCGGUACCCCUGUCCGACCCACUGCUCCCAAGCCUCAGAGCCCCAGUAUGGAACUGUACAAGUCAGCCAUUUCCAUCCAUUGCCAAAACCACAGCACUUUGUCACUGAGCUCUAUGGAAAGUGAUGAAAGAACAGAACCAGCCGCCCCUAAGGUUGAGAAGAGCCCCCCGUCCUUUAAAGACUCUGCAAAGCUGACUUACUAUGACGAUGGUAAUGAAGAUAGUGGAAUCAGCAGCCACUCUCAGCUGAGUCUCAAUGCGGUCAGUGAAGAGAAACAAGAAGAGGUUGACCAUGAAGAACCCUUCAAGAAAUCUCCACCGCAAGAGGAUGAAAAAAAGUCUGAUUCUCAAAAAGUGGCAUCUCGAAGAUGGAGCUCUGCAAAAUGCAGGCCUCGACAGAGGCCACUGUCCGACUACGGUCAGUCUGCUAUCCGUAGCUUCUCCAUUCCAGAAGAUUCUAUUGCUACCGAGUCCCAAGAAACCGAUAGUGGGAAGUGUAGGUUUCCCUCACAGUCUUUUAGUGAGGAAACGCGGGCGCAAGAGCAUAUCCCUAAGUACCAAAUGAACUGUAGAAGACGUCCCAUCUCUGUCAUAGGUGGGGUCAACUUUUUUGCAACAAGCGAGGAUGAAGAAAUGGGAGCUAUGAUUCAACAAUCUGUUCCUCGACCCCCAAUUCCAGCCCACAAGGUUCCUCCGUACAAGGCUGUCUCUGCCCGUUUAAGACCUUUUGCCUUGUCCCAGAGCACACCAAUAGGCCUAGAUCGAGUUGGACGUCAACAACAACUAAGGGCUUCUAACGUUUCAGCAGAUGGAGGGGCUGAGUCUUCUGCUUUGGUUGAUGACAAUGGGAGUGAAGAGGACUAUAGCUAUGAAGAGCUUUGCCAAGCCAAUCCCAGAUAUCUGCAUCCAGGAGGAGAGCAGCUAGCAAUUAAUGAGUUGAUAAGUGAUGGCAGUGUGGUGUAUGCGGAAGCUCUGUGGGAUCAUGUCACAAUGGAUGAUCAAGAACUGGCCUUCAAGGCAGGAGAGGUCAUCCAUGUUCUCGAGGCAUCUAAUAAGGACUGGUGGUGGGGCAGAAUUCGGGACCGUGAGGCCUGGUUUCCUGCUAGCUUCGUACGGUUACGUGUCAACCAGGAGGAUGUAUCUGAAAACUCUUGUAGCUUCCAUGAAGAAGAUCAUGACAUGGCUGUUUCAAAGUCCCGCCACAAGAACGCUGAGAACAUGGACCAGAUGAGGGCUAAUGUAGUUCGGGAAAUAAUGGACACAGAGCGGGUCUACAUCAAGCAUCUAAAAGAUAUAUGUGAGGGAUACAUCAAGCAGUGUCGGAAACACACCAGCAUGUUCACGGAAGGUCAGCUCAACACCAUAUUUGGAAACAUUGAAGACAUUUACAAGUUCCAAAAGAACUUCUUAAAAGAUCUUGAGAAGAAACACAACAAAGAUGAACCUCACUUGAGCGAAAUCGGGGACUGUUUUCUCAAUAAUCAAGAUGGUUUUUCCAUCUACUCUGAGUACUGUAACAAUCAUCCCAAUGCGUGCUCGGAGUUGUCCAACCUGAUGAAGCAAGGGAAGUACCGUCACUUUUUCGAGGCCUGCAGGCUUCUGCAGCAGAUGAUAGAUAUUGCUAUUGAUGGUUUCCUACUGACCCCUGUGCAGAAGAUCUGUAAAUACCCACUACAGUUAGCGGAGUUGUUGAAGUAUACAACUCAGGAGCACAGCGAUUACAGCAAAAUAAAAGAAGCUUACGAAGCCAUGAAAAAUGUUGCUUGUUUAAUUAAUGAGCGAAAAAGGCGCCUGGAAAGCAUAGACAAGAUUGCCCGCUGGCAGGUUUCCAUCGUCGGUUGGGAGGGACAAGAUAUAUUGGCCAGAAGUUCAGAACUGAUUCACUCUGGAGAGCUGACGAUGAUAAUUAAACAAGGAAAGAGCCAACAAAGGACGUUCUUCCUCUUUGACCAUCAAAUGGUCUUCUGCAAGAAAGAUCUGCUGCGCAGGGACAUCCUGUAUUACAAGGGGCGGAUUGACAUGGACGAGAUGGAGUUUGCCGAUGUUGAAGAUGGGAAGGAUCGGGACUUUAAUCUGAAUAUCAAGAACGCCUUUAAAGUCAUGAAUCGAUUAACAGACGAGGUCAAUCUUUUUUGUGCAAAAAAACAAGAGGACAAACAAAGGUGGAUCCAGGCCUUCUUGGAUGAAAGGAAAAGAGUUCAGGAUGACAAAGCUAUGGGGAUGGAGAUCUCCGAAGACCAAAAGAAGCAAGCAAUGCACAACGCCAAGAAAUCAAGGCAGGGGAAGAUGAAAGGAGUAUCUUACAGUGGAGUUCCUUCUCAUCAGAACUUGCACCCGAUUCACCAGCGCCACAUCACCGUGCCUACCAGCAUUCCCCAGCAGCAGGUAUUUGCACUGGCAGAACCCAAGCGCAAGAAUUCUCCCUUCUGGAGCACAAUCACCAAACUUACCCCAUUCAAGAAAUAAGACUCAACACUGAGAAGCCUCUAAAACUGCUGCCCUCCAGGUGGCGCUGAGUUGGGUCCUGGGUAUUGCCAGUCAGUAGCUGGCAGACGACUGGAACCCUGAUCUAAAUGAAGAACUGUUUUCUGGACUACAGAAUUCUGCAUCCAAGCACAAGUUCAGCAUUUCAAGGUCAAAUUCCCUUAAACGGAGAAUGGAAAUCACUGAAUUAAACAAGAGAUAAUGAAGGAACAAAGCAAAUGAAGAAAUGCCAAAAAAAUGUGAAAUAACUUGACGCAAAAGAGGGAUUUAUUGUGCCGUGUGUAAUAUAAGAAUGUUUCAGUAUAAAUACUUCUAGUGACUAUUUAAUUUAUUGCUAUGGACUGGCUGAGCUUGAUUUAGGGGUGUUUUUAAAACUGUAAAUAUUAUUGUUUUUUGUUUUCAUUUGUAAUGAAAUUGGCCAGAUUA